UUCAUUCGGUGCUCUAAAGAAGAAAUCGACCAAUGGAAAUUGACCCAACUCCUGUUCCACCACCUCAGGAGUAUUGCGAUAAUCCUUCCGUGCCUUAUCAGUCAGAGUCAUCGAUGAACUUUGACUAUUUGCACGGCUUGCACGGAGACACGGCCAUGGACGCCAGCAAUAGCGGUUCAUCGUCUUCAGCCCAUGUAGAAUCACCACGCCAUUUUGCUGGAAUUGGCAACUCCUCCUCAAACAAUUAUGGUGGUGGCCAUGUCGACUACAGCAAAGCAAUUGACAGACCUUUCAAUUUAAAUGAAAGAUUUGUCACUGUAUUGGACCAGCUGGAUUCUCGAGUGGAGAAGUUUCGCAAGGAUGCUUUGGGUCUACAAGAAAAACGCGACUUCUUGCUCAUGUCUAUAGAUCUUAUUAAAAGCAAUGACCUAAUGCAAAAUCUCACGGAAUCGGAGCGUGAAGAAAUCGGAUGUUACAUUCAACGCGUCAACGCUCGUCUUUCCACAGUUGAACUAAAUGUUCGUACAGUACGCGACCAGUCUCAGGAGGAUUCCCUUAGUCAGAUUAAUGCCCUAAUCGAUAUGAUGAUAACAUUAGGUGAUCCAGCCUUAUCACGUCAAAAGUGCCAGAUGUAUUUGAAUGCUUGUUGCAGUGCCAGCGAGACCGGAAACAUGUCAUCGUACGCUGCAACAGACAUGGAUGCCGGUCCUGUCGACAAAAAGUUUGAAAGUGUACUGCUAGGAUGUACUUUAGAUGACCAGAAAAAUAUUAAGAAACGUUUGCAGGCAUUAAUGGGUUAUCUCAACAAACAGAUCGUUCACCAUUGAAAAU